CCCCCCCCCCCCACUCGGCUGUUCCCUCCUUCCUUGGGACGCCACCUCCCGGAAUUGCCUUUUUUUGUUGUUUUGGAGCUGGCUUCUCUCUGGCGGCGCAGAGUGGCUGCGAACGCUGGAGAAGAAGGAGGGCUGGGGGCGCAGCCCGCCACCCACCGGCGCCCACCCGCCACCGGCCACCCGCCCACCGGCGGAACCCCGCGGGGUAGAGCAGAGGACCGACGGUCAGACGCCCGGGCGGGCCAUCUGCACUUCGGAGCUGACUCGCCAAACUCCCUGUUGAGUGUUUGUGUAACACGUUCCAGUGGAAAGUGUCGAAUUCUUGCCCUUUCAGAGCCGAUUUCUCGGAGUCACUUGACUUUUCUUCUGACUGUGGGAGGAGGAGAGACUCCCCCUCAGGGGCUGCGGAAGGAAGGGAGGAAGACUGUGGACAUGAACCCUCCCUGCUCACAGGCAUGUGCGGGGAGACCUGGUAGGUCGGUUUCUGACCUGUGGAUAUUGCUUUGAAGAGAGUGAGGCUGACACCAUCUGUGGAUACCGAGGACACCCCCCCCCCCAGGGGCGGAGAGUCCAAGGGCUGUGGCAGGCCUCUGGUUGCUGGUGCAUUCUUGUACACCCUAGCAAGUGUCUCUCUCCAGUUUUGGGCAGGACCCUCUCCUCGUCUUUCUGUCCCACUGACCCAGCCAUGGCACUAAAAGGCCGAGCCCUCUAUGACUUCCGCAGUGAGAACAAAGAGGAGAUCAGCAUCCAGCAGGAUGAGGACCUGGUCAUCUUCAGCGAGACCUCCCUGGAUGGCUGGCUGCAGGGCCAGAACAGCCGCGGUGAGACAGGGCUCUUCCCUGCCUCUUACGUGGAGAUCAUCCGUUCUGGCACGAGUGCCAACCAUGCUGACUACUCUAGCAGCCCUGCAGGCUCUCUGGGCACUGAGGUGAGCUUGUAUGACAGCUCCAGUGUGGCCAACCCUUCCAGGAGUGCUGGGGGCAGUGGCUUCCUCUCAAACCAGGGCAGCUUUGAGGAGGACGAUGAUGAUGACUGGGAUGACUGGGAUGAUGGCUGCACAGUGGUAGAGGAGCCACGGGCUGGUGGGCUGGGCACCAAUGGGCACCCCCCACUCAACCUCUCCUACCCUGGUGCAUACCCCAGCCAACAUAUGGCCUUUCGGCCAAAGCCACCCCUCGAGCGGCAGGACAGCCUGGCAUCUGCCAAGCGAGGCAGCGUGGUGGGGCGCAACCUCAAUCGCUUCUCGUGCUUUGUGCGCUCUGGCGUGGAGGCCUUCAUCCUGGGUGAUGUGCCCAUGAUGGCCAAGAUCGCAGAGACAUACUCCAUUGAAAUGGGCCCUCGAGGCCCCCAGUGGAAGGCCAACCCCCACCCAUUUGCCUGCUCGGUAGAGGACCCCACCAAACAGACCAAAUUCAAGGGCAUCAAAAGCUACAUCUCCUACAAGCUCACACCCACCCACGCCGGCUCACCUGUCUACAGGCGUUACAAACACUUUGACUGGCUCUAUAACCGCCUGUUGCACAAGUUCACUGUCAUCUCGGUGCCCCACUUGCCAGAGAAGCAGGCCACAGGCCGCUUUGAGGAGGACUUCAUUGAGAAACGGAAACGGCGGCUCAUCCUCUGGAUGGACCACAUGACCAGCCACCCUGUGCUAUCCCAGUACGAGGGCUUCCAGCAUUUCCUCAGCUGCCUGGAUGACAAGCAGUGGAAGAUGGGCAAACGCCGGGCUGAGAAGGACGAGAUGGUGGGCGCCAGCUUCCUGCUCACCUUCCAGAUCCCCACGGAGCACCAGGACCUGCAGGAUGUGGAGGACCGGGUGGACACCUUCAAAGCCUUCAGCAAGAAGAUGGACGACAGCGUCCUGCAGCUCAGCACCAUAGCAUCGGAGCUGGUGCGCAAGCAUGUGGGGGGCUUCCGCAAGGAAUUCCAGAAGCUGGGCAAUGCCUUUCAGGCCAUCAGCCAUGCCUUCCAGAUGGAUCCCCCCUUCAGCUCUGAGGCCCUCAACAGCGCCAUUUCUCACACGGGCCGUACCUACGAAGCUGUUGGUGAGAUGUUCGCUGAGCAGCCCAAGAACGACCUCUUCCAGAUGCUCGACACGCUUUCUCUCUACCAGGGCCUGCUCUCCAACUUCCCCGACAUCAUCCACCUGCAGAAAGGUGCCUUUGCCAAAGUGAAGGAGAGCCAACGCAUGAGUGACGAGGGCCGAAUGGCGCAGGACGAGGCAGAUGGCAUUCGCAGGCGCUGCCGCGUGGUAGGCUUCGCCCUUCAGGCUGAGAUGAACCACUUCCACCAGCGCCGCGAGCUCGACUUCAAACACAUGAUGCAGAACUACCUGCGCCAGCAGAUCCUCUUCUACCAGCGGGUGGGCCAGCAGCUGGAGAAGACGCUGCGCAUGUAUGACAACCUCUGACCACGUGUGCCUGGCCCUCUCCCCGCCCCGGGGCCUGGUCACUGCAGUGCACUCUGCCCUCCAGACCUUCCCGAGCCAGUAGUGCCUGGGGGAGGUUGGGGGGGGCUUUGGAAGAGUCAUAGCUAUCCCAGGGGAAGUCCCCCACCCCUUAGAAGUGGGGGCACAGCAGGGGUGAGAACAGGGCCAGGAGCCCUUCCGCCCAAGGCCUGGGCUGCUGGUCAGUCAUUUGAGGCUGGGCCAGGGUCUUAGCCUCCCCUUGAGCCUCUAGCGCUCAAUCCCCUGCCACCACCCCUCAUCCAUUCAGCAAACUCCCAGGCCUUGGCUGAGCAUCCAGGGCUGCAACAUGCCUGCCCUUAGGGAGGGCCCUGGUCGAGGAGGCGGUCAGACACAGAAACAGGCAGGGGCAGUGCAGAAUGACCUGUGGUUGGAGUUCCCGUCGUGGCUCAGUGGUUAACAAAUCCGACUAGGAACCAUGAGGUUGCGGGUUCAAUCCCUGG